AUGGCUCCUGAGGCUCCUAAAGGAGCUCAAGGAGCCACAGAAAACAAAGGAGCUACAGGAGCCACUGGAACUAGAGGAUCAACAGGAGCCACAGGAGCUACAGGGGCCUCAGGAGCCUCAGUAGCUACAGGAGCCACAGGAUCUACAGGAACUACAAGAGCUACAAGAGACAAAGGAGUUACAGGAGCUACAGGAGCCUCAGGAGCUACAGGAGCUAUAGGAGCCUCAGGGGCUAUAGGAGCCACUGGAGCCAAAGGAAAUACAGAAGCCACAGGAGCUACAGGAGCUACAGGAGCCACAGAAGACAAAGGAGCUACAGCAGCCAUAGGAAAUACAGGAGCCAGAGGAGCAACAGGAGCCACAGGAGCUACAGGAGCCUCAGGAACUACAGGAGCCACAGGAGCUACAGGAGCCACAAGAGCCACAGGAGUUACAGGAGCCUCAGGAGCCGCAAGAGCUACAGGAGUUACAGGAGCUAUAGGAGCCACAGGAGCCACAGGAGCCAUUUGA